CGAGAGAGGGAAUCGCUUGGUCUCGUGACGAGCCCAUUGGCUACCGUUUUGCACUUUAGAUGUCGUGUCACGAGCCACGAGCGAGACUGUAAUAUUGGAUCCGUUAAAUAGGUUUAAAACUUCUCUAUCAGAAUCAGUUGAGUUACAGAACCUGUGACCGACUGACUUUGUAUACAAACUACAGAACUGAUUGGAUUAUUAAUAGUAAUAGUAUCACUUGUUCUAAGUGGAUUUUAUAUUUGUGUGAAAUAAAUUGUUUUUCUACGGAUUUAUAACCAAGAUCGAAAUAUUUAUUUAUUUAUUUAUUGCCCUUCUGGAAGGCGAUCUAGCACGUUAAUGGAGGUGUUGCAUAGACCUCGGGCCCUUUAUUCUACCCCGUCUUCGGUUAUGUUUGCACCAGCGAUGCAACGUAUGUUCACAUCUCCCGCCGAAGUCUACUCCUGCUACUCCUUUGAGGCCAACACUCCAUCUCGGACCCCUACCCCGGAGCGACAUUCAAAGCACAGCGUCGCCAUGGACAUCUCUAGCCACUCCAGAACUCUCCAGUCUGUCCUCAGAGGGGAGAUCCCCCCAGCAUACUCUCACCUAGCCUCAUCCAGAUCUUCGCCAGUGUCCACGUCUCCGUCUCCGGCGAGCUCGACACUUUACUCAGGUCACAUCCAGUGCAUGGAACUGGACAGCACACCCCUCCCAUUACUUCACCACCACGUCCCCAGCCCUUGCCCCAGCCACCACAGUUCCUCGAGCUACAGCCCCAGACCAUUGUCCAACGCAUCACAAGACUCAGACAUUCAAACAGAGCCCAUCGACCUAAGCUGCAAAAGAACAUCGAGAAAGAGGACAGCCACCUCCGCAUUUUCAGACUCAAAAGACAGCUCUCCAAUGCUUUCGACAUCACUUCCAGCCAAACUCAGUGCAUCUUCAGAAUUUCUUUCAUUUCCAUCCUCUUGCUCACCCCCUAUGCACAGUUUCCCACCAAGUCCAGGGGAAGGACAAAACGGCGAAGAGUUCUCCUUACUUCGAAAUCUCCUCAGUGUUGGAAAGCAGUUCCAAGGUUCAACAGGGUUAAGCUCCUCAACCCCAAACCUUAGCUCCGAAAGAAGCUGCGACUCUCCCGCUUCAGACUCUUACCCUAAAAUUCAGGUUACGGGAAAUACAAAAGUGCAACUUGCCAAGAAAAACCUCUUGCCCGUCAGCGCGAGAGUGUCCGACUGGCUGGUGAAAAUUGUCCAGUUUGCUAAGUCUAUACCCGAGUUCACUGCCCUGUGCCACAAUGACAAGGUCACCUUGAUACUCAACUCUUGGAGCCGGCUUAUGUUGCUGUACAUGGCUGAGAGCAAUUUCCAAUUUGCUGUCACCCCCAUUCCCACUGUAGAAUCCUCCAACUGUGACUCCAAUCCAUCUCAGGAUGAGCCCAUUAUGAAAUCUGUGGAAGGUGUGCAGACAUUUAUUAAGAAAUGCCAACAGAUGUCAGUGGACAGUAAGGAAUAUGAAUUUCUCCGGAUGUUGGUUCUGUUCAACGCAGGCUACGUUGGUCUCUCCAGCCCCUCCACAAUUGAUCAGCUCAACUCUUUGGUCCAGCAGCUCUUGCAGCAGCACGUGCGAAUCCACCGGCCCAAGGAGGUGAUGCACUACUCUCGGCUUCUCAUGUGCUUGCCCUCACUGUUCGGAACCAACAGCAAGAUGUUUGAGACCCUCUUUUGCAAGCACAUCAACAAGAACACAGACAUGGAAGUUCUGCUCAAAGAGCUGCUUCAGAACCUGUCAUAAUAUUUGGAGAACACUUCUCAAGUCAUUAUGCUAAAAUACGAACCCUGAUCUUUCUAAACAUAUCACAGUUGGACAUUUACAACGCCAGUCUACCAGAUCUUUUUUUUUUUUUGUUUCCAUCAAGAAAAAAAAGAUCUUUAAACUGUUACAAAAAUGGGAGAAAUGUGGGGAAAAAGUGAAAGUGAAACAUUAGUUUCAGGUUUUUGUACUUGGAUACUUCAACCGCAUUCUGAUGUUGAUAUUCUCAGCUCUGAAGACUUUCUGAAAGUAUGAACCUUGGUGUUGGUACAAACUUACCCAUCCUAUGUGCACCUCCCAUUUCUUCUGACACCAGAGUUCAACAGGAGUUCCAUUUGUUUAUUGUUUAUGCUUUUUUAAAAAGACAAAAAAACAUUUUGAUAUUUAUUAACUAUCAACCACAAUGCAACAAACAUUUCCACGAAACGAGCCAAGUCUGAAAGAGGAUGUGCUUUAAACAAAAAAAAAGUACAAACAAAAAAUGUUAUUUAAACACAAAAAGUGCAAGAGAACCUGGACAAUAAGUGUGCAUACAUGCUUUUUUUUUUUGUGCCCAAACAUUGAUGUGACCAUGGAUUGGAUGCACCCAUGGAAACAGUUGGAUGUUGAAUGUUAUGUUUAAAUGAACGUAUUGAAAAAGAAUCUUCACAGCCAGUUGCAACUCUACCACUCAGAACUUUGAAAUCUCUGUACUUUUGUCUAUGUAGUCAGACUUGUUGGAUGAUUUGGUGUUUUUUUGUUUUUUUUUUCAGGAAGGAGGGUCUGCAACAAAAAAAAAAAGGAAAUUUGGGUUUCACUAUUUUUUUUUCUUCUAAAUUUUCUUCUCUAUUGCAACUUAGCUGUUUGUCUGUUGGUGAUAAAUUACACUUCAGGUAUAGAAAUGUCUGUGAUUGGCUGACUUACAUUUGGAUUUCUUAUCAUCACUUUUGAUUGGUCAUUUAGUGCGAGUCAGUGAAUGUUGUUUUUUUUCAUUGGUUUGUUUAUUCUGCAACUGGAUAUAUGUUUAGAUAUAUUCCUCUUUGUUGUUGAGUGUUAUUGAAGUGUUAUAGGCGAGGUUUGAAAUGUUGUUUUUUUUGUUAUAGUUUUUAUCUUAAUUUAAACUUUAAAUUAGAAUAUGAAACUGAAGUUCAGUAAAUGUUUGAUUUUUUGUUAUAAAUUUUAUAGUAGCUGGACAUCAAAAGACAGUAAUAAUCAUAUUUUAUUAAAUAAAAUUGUAUGCUUUAUGGAGAACAAAAAACUACUACUAAAAAAAAGUAUUAUUUUAUAGUUAGUUGUUGUUUUUUUCCACUCCUAACUCCUUUAGUCCCAUUAUUUUUUUUUGUCUCUUAAACUAAAAUAUAGAAAUUUAUCAUUUUAAAAAAGGUACCUGUAGGCUUGGUUGUAGAAGGAAGAGAUAAACAAGAUAGAGAUGACAGUAGCAUCAGUUGUGUAAAUGAGAUCAGAAGAUGAAGAUGCAAUACCAAUGCAAACUUUCAUAUUAAUAGACAAAAAUUUCUUGAAUUUUCUAUUUUCUCUCCUAGGUCUUUGUUUUUUUUUUUUUGUUUUUUUUUUUUUAUAACAAAUUUUUACUCUGCGUUGUUAUUUAUUUGUUUUUGCUCAGAAAUAGUUUUUGUAUAUAAUCUCCACUAAGGUGACAAGUAGUUAAAAGCACAUUUUUUUUUUAAUUUAUGAAGUAAUUCUUGGUUUUCUAAAUUAUUACUAGCACACUUAAACCCCAGAAUGUAUUUUUGAAUGGAACUUCUUUAUGAAAAAUUAACAUAUAAUCUAGUAGAUAUAUAUGAAUCUAUUUGGAAAUGGUAUAAAUAUGCUACAUGCUGGGCUAACAUUAUCAGAUUGUUGGUAUUGUAUUACUAUAAAUUUAGCGGCGACUGUAUGACAGCAUACCAGAAUAAAAUGGGUCUAAUAUAAAUUGAAAUUUUUUGUAGCAGUUUCUCAACUUUCAUCACUUAGCAUAAAUUAAAAAGAUAUUCAUUAACUUAUUGAAUAAAUAUUUUGUUUGAAUUUGUAACUUAUGCUGAUAAGCAGUAAGGUGUACGAAAGAUUGUUUGCCAAAAUUCUAUUUGGCAUAAAAGGAGCCAGAUUUUUAAUGUUGUUUGCAAAUGUGUGAUACAAAUUUUUGUUUUGAAGAGUUGCCUGCCCUCAAUGGCACAGAUUGAUGGGCUUUGAAAUGAUUGGUUACUAUUUUUGUGAAUGUUGACUAGAACGUGUUCUAUUGAUGCAGAGCAGACGUAUGUAGAUGUAUGUAUUUUUAGUCUUAUUUAUUGAAAGAAAAAUUAAAUUAUUUUCAAAUUUGACUUUUAAA